AUGGGCGUUAUAGAAGAAGGGGAUAAGGGCCAUCGGAAAAAGUGUAAUCUCCCCGAUAGGAAUAGAAACGCACCAGUAAACUCAACUCCGACGUCAAGGAAUUCAUCUAUUCACCGUCACGAACAGCAACGCCAAAGUUCACAAAAUGCUGAAAAAGACAUUACUCAACACGUGGCCAACGCAAUGUCCGAUCAACAAACACGAGAUGGAUCUUGUCGAUGUGUGAAAGGUCGCGUGGUGCUACUAUGGGUUUUAUGUGUACUUUCGUUAGGCCUCUCGGGUCUCUGUGGUCUAAGACUCUUUCACGUGGAAGAAAGGCUUACCUCGCUGGAGACAAAGUACAGACAACUGGAGAUGCAACAUCAAGAACAGCAAGUUAGAUCUAAAGCCGAAAGAAGAAGAAGAAGAAGGGAAACGAGAGCCAAGAGUGGUCCAGCGAAUCUAAAGAGGGCGUUCAGCGCUGAUGGACCUAACAAGGAACAGAUAAAACCUGGUGGAUUUGGACCUGUUGGACCUCUAAGAUCUGUUGGUCUACCCGAGUUUGAUAGCCAAAAGUCAGGUGGACGGGGAAAUCUUGGUCUCUCAAGGUCCCGAGGGGAAAUGAAAAUCAAAGGGAUAAUGGAUAGAAGAGGCAAAAAGCAAAAACGAGACCGACACAGAAAACUUCCUGGUCGUAGUCAUCCAGUGUCAGGAUCAAAAGGGGAUGUACCAUCGCCUGAAGACGAGAAGCUAUUCGAAUUUCUAGUCGGAGGUGACGUGAAGCACAAUAAAGGUGACACAAAAUGGAGUCUCAGUUUCGGCGUUUUUUAUUUCUUUAAAAACAGACUACUUCACCACCUCCAGCUUAAAAUAAAAAGUAAUAUCAUGAUCAUCAGUAAAACGUAAUCAACCAAAAAAAUAAUCAGCCCUAAAAUAUCAUGAUCAUCAGUAAAACGUAAUUAACCAAAAAAAAAUACAGCCCUAAAAUAUCAUGAUCAUCAGUAAAACGUAAUCAACCAA